CCCCCCCCAGGCCGAAGCUGAGGUCGCGUCCUUGAACCGCCGCAUCCAGCUGGUCGAGGAGGAGCUGGACCGGGCUCAGGAGCGCCUGGCCACGGCCUUGCAGAAGCUGGAAGAAGCCGAAAAGGCCGCCGAUGAGAGCGAGAGGGGCAUGAAGGUCAUUGAGAACAGAGCCCUGAAGGACGAGGAGAAGAUGGAGCUACAGGAGAUCCAGCUGAAGGAGGCCAAGCACAUCGCCGAGGAGGCCGACCGGAAGUACGAGGAGGUUGCUCGUAAACUGGUGAUCAUCGAAGGAGACCUGGAACGGACCGAGGAAAGAGCCGAGCUGGCCGAAUCCCGUUUGCGAGAAAUGAAUGAGCAGAACCGUCUGAUGGACCAAAACUUGAAAUUCCUUUCUCAGGCUGAAGAAAAGUACUCUCAAAAAGAGGACAAAUAUGAAGAGGAGAUCAAGAUUUUGACUGACAAACUCAAAGAGGCAGAAACCCGGGCCGAGUUUGCCGAGAGAUCAGUAGCCAAACUGGAGAAGACCAUCGAUGACUUGGAAGAUAAGCUGAAGUGCACCAAAGAGGAGCAUCUCUGCACGCAACGGAUGUUGGACCAGACCUUGCUGGAUCUGAACGACAUGUAAAAGACCCCCCUCGGCGGCCAACCGUGGCCCCCUCUCUCUCUACCACGCGGCCCCUCCUGAGCAGCGGCGAUUCUCUGCUUGAGUUUAUCUCUGUUCUUUUUUUCCCCUUUUUUCCUUUCAGGAGAAGGGAAGAAAAGUACCAGAAAAUUUGAUCUCUAAACCCUCCGAGGUGGGGAAGAGAAAGAAAAAAAAUUAUUAUAAAUUACAUUCCUGAAGUUUGGGGCCGACUUAGUUUAAAAACAAAAAAACACCUCUGCCGUGUUUUUAUUUAUUCUUUGCUUCCUUGCCCGCCAGACAUUCCCAAAUUUUCAGCCGGAAGGAAGGAAGGAAAAAUAGGUAGCUCUCCCCCCCCCCCACCUCCCUGGGAGCGAGCGCGACUGAAAUGCACCCUUUUAAGGCAUGAAAUUAUAUGUGGCCGAACGUGUGUUUCGGGUUAACAGCCCUCCCUUGGCGAGCACGUGUCGCGUAGGCUUCCUCCACCCCCAAGUGCACAAACGUUGAAAGCGCACAGCUUUUAAAUCGACGUGCCGUUCUGUUUCGCCUCUCAAUCAGACGGGGCCCGAUGUGACGGCGCGAUCGAAGAAUCCCAAAUCCCGUCGUUUGCCAAAACAACCGGCAAAGCUUUUGCGGCAUCCGCUUAACGGAGAAAGAUUUGCUUCCGCCAGGAAAAAACAGCCCUUUUUUUUUUUUCCUCCUCUUUGUCUCUUCCCCUUUUCCCAUUUUUGGGGGGGAAUAUUUAAAUUCGCCUUUUUUUUUUUUUUUAAGGAAUAAGUUGGGCUGAGGUGCGCUUUCUCUGCUGCUGUUUUAAUCCCGUGUUUUUAAUAACCUUUUUUUUUUUCCCCCAGCUAGGGGAAAAAAGAACUGUGUUUAAAAGAAAAAGAAAAAAAAACCAUAAUCGGGGUCCGUGUGUGGGUUGGUUUUUUUUUUAAAAAAAGUUUCCUUUUCUUUAAACCCAUGUAAAUUGUUCUUCAGCUCCUUUGCUCUUUUCUGCACUUAAUUCUGACACUUUGGGGAAAACAUUAUAUCCGAAUAAUCCACGUUUUCUUCCCACGUAGGUUUAAGUUUCCGGGUGCUUGGUGUUGGGUGAGGAGAGGGGCUUGUAACUUUUUGAAUAUGAUGGGUUUCCCCCCCUCCCUCCUGUUUUUUGUUUCUAGCCAGGAGCUGAUAGUUCAUGGGGGACACCUCUGUACUCUCGAAAUUUGAUCCCCUAAAGGUUGUGUUAAUUUUUUCUUUUUCUUUUCAAUCUCUGUAUAGGCCUUUGGGGUGUCAUAGGAAGAAUACUGUAUACGCUGCCAUGGCUUUGAAGAGCCACUGUGUGUAUUUGUGGGUGGGGUGGGGGGAAAGGGAGGAAUGAGGAAAUUAUAUCAAGUGUUUUGAUACUAAAAAAAAAAAAUAGCUUCGGUCUUUUAUUGUCUUUUUUUUUUGAAUAAUAAACAGAAAUAUUCCCUC